AGAGCUGGAGAGGCGACGAGCGGGAGGCGAGGCCGUCGGACUCGAGCUGGCACCCGGGGACCGCGGCUGUCACUGCGCUCGGAGCAUCCCGGUGGCUUCCCGAGUAGACGAGCCCGGCCUUGCGGCAGCUGCGAUCGCAGCCCUAGCCCCCUGCGCUCUCGCCGCGCUCGUGGAGCCUCACGCCCCGGGCGAGCGUUCGUGAUUUAGCACAAAGCACGUUUCCAAAAAGCGCACGGGAGAGCUCCCGCGCCGCGCUCCCGCGCACGCACCCCCCCUUCCCCUUUGUUUCGGGGGUCGACAGGCUGCUCUCCUCCCCAAGUCUGAAUUCUUCGCGGGGGGCGGAGGGCCGCCGAGUCUAGGGCUGUGAAGAUGCCCUUGGAGCUGACUCAGAGCCGAGUGCAGAAGAUCUGGAUCCCCGUCGACCACCGCCCCUCGCUGCCCAGAUCCUGUGGGCCGAAGCUGACCAACUCCCCCACCGUGAUUGUCAUGGUGGGCCUCCCAGCCCGGGGCAAGACGUACAUCUCAAAGAAGCUGACUCGCUACCUCAACUGGAUUGGCGUCCCCACGAAAGUGUUCAACGUCGGGGAGUACCGCCGGGAGGCCGUGAAGCACUACAGCUCCUACAGCUUCUUCCGCCCCGACAACGAGGAAGCCAUGAAAGUCCGCAAGCAGUGUGCUCUAGCUGCCCUGAGAGACGUCAAAAGUUACCUGACGAAGGAAGGGGGCCAAAUUGCAGUUUUCGAUGCCACCAAUACUACGAGAGAGAGGAGACACAUGAUCCUUCAUUUUGCCAAAGAAAAUGAUUUCAAGGUGUUUUUCAUUGAGUCUGUGUGCGAUGACCCUAUGGUUGUAGCCUCCAACAUCAUGGAAGUUAAAAUCUCCAGCCCGGAUUACAAAGAUUGCAACUCAGCAGAAGCUAUGGACGACUUCAUGAAGAGAAUCAGUUGCUAUGAAGCCAGCUAUCAGCCCCUCGACCCCGACAAAUGUGACAGGGACCUAUCCCUGAUCAAGGUGAUCGACGUGGGCCGGCGGUUCUUGGUGAACAGAGUUCAGGACCACAUUCAGAGCCGCAUUGUGUACUACCUGAUGAACAUCCACGUGCAGCCCCGCACCAUCUACCUGUGUCGGCACGGCGAGAGCGAGCACAACCUCCAGGGGAAGAUCGGAGGGGACUCGGGUCUGUCCAGCAGGGGCAGGAAGUUCGCGAAUGCCCUGAGCAAAUUUGUGGAGGAGCAGAACCUGAAGGACCUCAAGGUGUGGACCAGCCAGCUGAAAAGUACCAUCCAGACGGCAGAAGCCCUUCAUCUUCCCUACGAGCAGUGGAAGGCGCUCAACGAGAUCGAUGCUGGUGUUUGCGAGGAGAUGACGUACGAGGAGAUCAAGGACACCUACCCCGAGGAGUAUGCUCUGCGGGAGCAGGACAAGUACUACUACCGUUACCCCACCGGGGAGUCCUACCAGGACCUGGUCCAGCGCCUGGAGCCGGUGAUCAUGGAGCUGGAGCGCCAGGAGAACGUGCUGGUCAUCUGCCAUCAGGCCGUCCUGCGUUGCCUCUUGGCCUACUUCCUGGAUAAGAGUGCAGAGGAGAUGCCUUAUCUGAAAUGCCCCCUGCACACCGUCCUCAAACUGACACCUGUUGCUUACGGCUGCCGUGUAGAGUCCAUCUACCUGCAUGUGGAGUCUGUGAGCACCCACCGGGAGAGGUCGGAGGAUGCAAAGAAGGGACCUAACCCGCUCAUGAGACGCAAUAGUGUCACCCCACUAGCCAGCCCCGAGCCCACCAAAAAGCCUCGCAUCAACAGCUUUGAGGAGCAUGUGGCUUCUACCUCCGCUGCCCUGCCCAACUGCCUGCCCCCGGAGGUGCCCACGCAGCUGCCCGGACAACCUUUGCUAGGGAAAGCCUGUUUAACAUGAAAGGCACCCAGAGCAGCAUCGACUCCAGGACACACUGAGGCCGGACCCGGCGGUUCCAUUCCAGUUCCAUUCCUGCAGCUUAGUUAGUGCUUUUCCCAUCUACCCGAGGCCAGCGAUCCCCAGGACUUCUUCCGGAACGGGGUGGGUGGGAUCGAAGAGGGGCCUGCUGGUCGGAGAGAACCAGGCCCCCGACCGCGGCAGGGCGGCUGAGACCCCCAGAGGCCUCUCCCGGGGGCGUGUGUGGGGUCCGCGCCCUCUCCCUGGCCUCGCUGAUCCUCCGCACGGCUCAGGAAGGAUGAUGAGCCGUCGAAGAGGAGCUGGGAGAAGGCCCCGAGGAGGGGAUGUUGGCCUCCACGCUGUUUUGUUUUGUUUAGUUUCUAUGAUCCUGACCUGGUAUGUUCCCAGCUUGGGGAGAUGACACUUGGCCCCAGAAUCCUAAAGUUAAAGGGGGGCCUAGAUCCCAGUUGCUGAAGAGGAAGGGAUGGUGACAACCUUGGUGAAAACUUUUACAAGGCUCUUCUGUGCCUCGUGGCUCAGACGUUGCCUCGUGAAGGAAGGGUUCAGGCCUGCACUGGGCUGGGGCCAGAGGUGCGGGGAGAAGGCUCUGAGCCAGACGCGCCUGUCUGAUCGUUAGCCACCUGCCGCGGGGCCACACACCUUCCUUCCUGGGUCUGCAUUCUGCCUCUGCAGACGCUCAAGGACAGUCUGGCUGUGUCAGCAAAAGGAAAUAUUGUUCCAGAAGAGCCCCAGGGCCUCCCCCCUCCCCCACCCCCCUGAGCUGCUUGCUCUUG